AUGUUGAAAAAUAGCCAUCGUUCCGCAGCGACGAUAUCUGCCGAAGUCACUUCUCCGCUCGAAGGAGUCAUUGGGGUCAAGUUGGUGCACUGGGCUGGCGAAGUUGACAACGGACCACACUACCAGAUCGCGUCGGCAACCGGCCACUCCAAGAUCGACCAAACGAACGAUGCAGUCCGUAUCCAAAGCGGACCUGCGAUCCUCAAGAUCAACACAGCUCCGAAUGAACUAGACUUUGUUUGGCAAAGUGAUGAAGGCCAAACAUUGACGGGCCACUCUUUUCGCUCAAUAGGUUAUGUUAGAGAUCGCACGACGGACAAAACUCGCUGGUCGGAUGGAUUAUAUAUCGAACAUGAGGGCUACAUGCUCGCUGAACUCAACUUAGGCGUAAACGAGAAGUUAUAUGGCCUGGGCGAGAGAUUCGGCCCAUUCGUGAAAAAUGGUCAGAGAGUCGAUAUAUGGAAUGAAGAUGGCGGUACCUCGUCGGAAUUGGCGUAUAAAAACAUACCAUUUUACCUCAGCUCUAAAGGAUACGGAGUCUUUGUACGUCAUGCGGGCAAAGUGAGUCUCGAGCUCCAGUCUGAAAGGACGACAAGAGUCAAUAUUUCCGUUCCGGGGCAGGAGUUGGAAUACUUCAUCAUCUUCGGUGGAACGCCCAAAGAAGUUUUGAGACGUUAUACUGCUUUGACGGGUCAGCCGAGUUUAGUACCUGCUUGGAGUUAUAAUUUGUGGUUGACUACUAGUUUCACUACCAGUUAUGAUGAAAAGACGGUCACCGGGUUUCUGGACGGAUUCCGGGACCGUGACAUUCCCCUGGGUGUCUUUCAUUUUGAUGCUUUCUGGAUGAAGUCUUAUCAAUGGUGUGACUUGCAAUUUGAUGAGGACUACUUCCCCAAUGCUACAGCCUACUUGAAGCGUCUCAAAGAACGAGGCUUGAAGAUCAGCGUGUGGCUCAAUUCGUAUGUCGGACAAGCUUCACCAUUGUUUAAAGAGGGAAAGGAGAAGGGAUACUUCAUCAAGCGAGUUGACGGUUCUGUCUGGCAAUGGGACAUGUGGCAGGCCGGUAUGGCUAUAGUUGAUUUCACAAACCCUGAAGCCUCAAAAUGGUAUACAGGUCAUUUGAUGCGUCUAAUGGAUAUGGGUGUCGAUUCGUUCAAAACCGACUUUGCAGAGCGUAUCCCAUUCCAGAACGUCAAAUUUCACGAUGGUUCCGAUCCGGUGCGAAUGCACAAUUACUACUCGAUAUUAUACAACAAAGCCGUCUAUGAAGCCAUGAUAGGUCGAGUAGGCAAAGCAAAAAGUCUCUUGUUCGCUCGCAGUACGGCUCCAGGUGGACAAGCAUACCCCGUUCACUGGGGUGGAGACUGCGAAAGCACAUUCGAAGCAAUGGCGGAAUCCUUACGCGGCGGACUCAGUUUGAUGUUAUCUGGUUAUAUUUUCUGGGCAUCUGAUAUUGGUGGAUUUGAAGGAACGCCACCACCCGCACUGUACAAACGCUGGGUACAAUUUGGUCUUUUGUCGUCUCAUUCCCGCCUGCAUGGUUCCAGCUCGUACCGCGUCCCCUGGAUCUACGGCGAAGACUGCAGCGAUGUACUCCGGGAAUGCGUAAAGCGCAAGAUCUCACUUAUGCCGUACCUCCUGCAAGAAGCCUUGCAUGGUCAUCAAAGUGGCGUCCCACUCAUGAGAGCCAUGUUCCUCGAAUUUCCUGAUGAUCUGACUACCUACGCUAUCGAUACGCAGUACAUGUUCGGCAGCAACUUACUCGUGGCACCCGUCUUCACCGAAGACGGGACUGUCACAUUCUACGUUCCGCGUAACGCUAAAGACGAUAGUAAUGGAAAAUGGGUCUCCUGGUUCGAUUAUGACAAGACCUAUGAGCCCGGUCAAUGGUAUACAGAGAAACACGACUUUUCCUCAUUGCCGAUUCUUAUUCGUCCUGGUACGGUUACCGCAAUUAACCACAAGCUCAAGACUCCAGAAGAUGAUGCCCUUGAUGGCUUGAAAUUUAUAGUGAACGGUUUUCUGGAGCCAGGAGACGGAAAGAUCGAUAUCGUGAACCCGAAGGAUGCGCAUGAGGUUUUGAAAAGUAUUGAUGUACAAAAAGUCAUUGGAAAUGAGGCAAACACGGUGAAGGUUUACUCUUGGGAUCAGAUCUAA